AUGUUACACGUCGCCACUAUACUGGAAACCUCGAUGCAAUACCCGGUGGACGAUCCUACACUUGAAGAGACCGUAAACCUGGCUACACGGUAUUGCAUGUAUCUUCUCACAGCGGGCCGAUAUGUAUGCGUGUUGGACGUUCUCUCAAAGAUCAAGACAUGGUCUAAAGCAGUUCUGCCUACACAUUUCGAAGCGGAGACAGCGCUUAGUGGUAAAGAAGCGGUCGCACACGCGUUGCUUGGCAAUCUCAACACGGCAUUACACAUGUUCCGGAAACUUCGACAUUCUAGAGACAAGGUUCUCGGUCGAUCAGAUAUCUCCACUCUACACAGCAUCAACGGGCUGGGGCUUGUGCACCAUGCCAUGGGGAAUGAUCGCGAGGCGUUGCAUUACCAUCGCACAGCUCUACGAUUCAAAAGGAGGAAACUUGGACAUGAUGACCCCGAUACAUUAGUAAGCGCAAAUAAUCUGGGGAUAGUGCUACUAACCCAGGGACGUUAUGAAAGGGCGAGUAACUUAUUCCAGAGUUCACUCAAAGGAUGGCUUCAAGCUUACGGUGGAGACGAUCUGUUCGUCAUUGCGGCAAGGAGUAAUCUUGGCAUCACGCUUCAAUUUCAGGGCAAGCUUAAUGAGGCUGAACACAGCCAUCGCUACGUGUACAGGAAACGCCAGCGCAUCCUGGGCCCACACCACCACGAGACCAUCAAAAGCAAAGCAAAUCUCGCCAUCACGCUCAACCAGCAAGGCCGCCACUCGGAGGCUGAAGCAAUAUACCGCGAAGCUAUCGAAUUAUUCCAGGCAAGGCUUGGAGAAUCGCACCCGGAUACUUUGAACACACAUAUCAACCUGGCCACUGCUCUUCACGAUCAGAAUAAGUUCCGCGAGGCAGAGUCUAUCAUCGCGUCAGCCCUUCCACUCAUGCGCAAAGAGCUCGGAGACACUCAUCUAGGAACUAUAAAAGCUUUGGAGUUCCGCGCCAUUCUCUUACAGCAUAUGGGGAGGUUCUUGGAAGCUCAUGGCGUCGUUACAGAGGUAUACCAGGCGCGCGAAAAGGAACUGGGGCGUUAUCACGACGACACGCAAAAAAGUCUGAGGCAUAUGAGAGAUCUGGCAGAGGACAUGGAAGAAGAACAUGCUAUGCACAGGUUUGCUUCUGUUAUCCCCAUUGCUGCAUGCUAG